AUGGUAGCAGUCGGAAUUGACUUGGGAACUACAUAUUCCUGUGUUGGUGUUUGGCAGCAUGGGAAAGUAGAAAUAAUUGCUAAUGAUCAAGGUAAUAGAACUACACCAAGUUAUGUUGCAUUCACUGAUACUGAAAGAUUGAUUGGAAAUGCUGCUAAAAAUCAAGUGGCCAUGAAUCCUCAAAACACUGUUUUUGAUGCUAAGAGGUUAAUAGGCCGCAAAUAUGAUGAUCCUAAAAUACAAGGUGAUUUAAAACAUUGGCCUUUUAAAGUAGUAAAUGAUAAAUCUAAACCUAAAAUUCAAGUGGAAUAUAAAGGGGAAAUUAAGCGUUUUACACCUGAAGAAAUCAGCUCCAUGGUUUUAACAAAAAUGAAAGAAACUGCUGAGGCAUACCUAGGUUCUAAAGUAAAAAAUGCUGUGAUAACUGUUCCUGCUUAUUUUAAUGAUUCACAAAGGCAGGCAACUAAAGAUGCUGGAGCCAUAGCAGGCUUGAAUGUCAUGAGAAUUAUAAAUGAACCUACUGCAGCUGCUCUGGCAUAUGGACUUGAUAAAAAUCUUAAAGGCGAAAGAAAUGUAUUGAUAUUUGACCUUGGUGGAGGUACAUUUGAUGUUUCAUUACUGGCCAUCGAUGAGGGUUCAUUGUUCGAAGUGAAAGCAACUGCAGGUGAUACUCAUUUAGGUGGUGAAGAUUUUGAUAGUAGGCUCGUUAAUCAUCUUGCUGAAGAAUUUAAAAGGAAGUACAAAAAAGAUUUGAAAAAUAAUGCUCGGUCUCUUCGUAGACUGAGAACUGCAGCUGAACGUGCUAAACGAACCCUUUCAUCAAGUACAGAAGCUUCAAUAGAAAUUGAUGCUCUUUUUGAUGGUGUUGAUUUUUACACUAAAAUAAGUCGAGCACGGUUCGAAGAGCUUUGUUCCGAUUUAUUCAGGUCGACCAUCAAUCCUGUAGAGAAAGCUCUACAAGAUGCUAAGCUAGACAAAGCUUCAAUUCAUGAUGUGGUAUUAGUUGGUGGGUCAACUCGUAUUCCUAAAAUACAGCAUCUUCUGCAAAAUUUUUUUAAUGGAAAAGCAUUAAACAUGUCUAUUAAUCCUGAUGAAGCUGUUGCUUAUGGUGCUGCAGUUCAAGGUGCUAUACUCAGUGGUGACAGUAGUUCCAAAAUACAAGAUAUAUUAUUAGUUGAUGUUGCUCCUCUUUCUCUUGGAAUUGAAACGGCUGGUGGAGUAAUGGCUAAGAUUGUAGAAAGAAAUACCCGUAUACCUUGCACACAAACUCAAAUGUUCACUACAUAUUCUGAUAAUCAGCCAGCUGUAACUGUUCAGGUUUUUGAAGGUGAAAGGGUAUUGACCAAAGAUAACAAUCUUUUAGGAACAUUUGAUUUAUCGGGAAUUCCUCCAGCUCCUAGAGGAGUUCCUCAAAUUGAAGUCACAUUUGAUAUAGAUGCUAAUGGAAUACUUAAUGUUUCUGCUAAAGACAAGAGCACUGGGAAAUCUAGAAACAUAAAAAUUGAAAAUAAUAAAGGUCGUCUAUCAAAGUCUGAAAUUGAUCGAAUGGUACAGGAUGCAGAAAAGUACAAAGCAGAAGAUGAUAUUCAACGAGAAAGGAUUGCUGCCCGAAACAAAUUUGAAAAUUAUGUAUAUAGUGUAAAACAGGCGACAGAAGAGUCAGGAAGAAAACUAAAUGAUUCUGAAAAGCAGAAAAUACUCAAGAAAUGUCAAGAAGGUCUAAAAUGGUUAGAAAAUAAUACCCUAGCUGACAAAGAUGAAUAUCAAGAAAAAUAUCUUCAACUACAAAGGGAAUGUACACCUUUUAUGUCCAAGCUACAUGGAAGGGGGUCCAGGAAUUAUGGAGAAGAUGACUCUGGUCCAACAAUAGAAGAAGUUGAAUAA